AUGCCUUUGGACACUUAUGCACAUUUGAACGGCCUUCCCAAUGGCGCCAGCGGUUUUCCAGACACUUUGGGCGAGCUUCGACUCCAGCUUAUUGGAAACAGAGAACUCAAGAUCAGAGUGCUUCAGGAGCCACAGUUCGUGGAAUGGCUCUUGCAGCAGCUUCAGCAGGACUUGGACAAGGUGGAAAGGGACUCAGCUCUUCCUGGAAUUGAGCUUUCCCGGAAUAUUCACGAUAAGGUGGUGAUCUUGCGGAUUCUAGCGUGUUUCGUUGCGGACCUCCAGAACUCAGACGACAAGACUGCUGUGGAUGGAGCUAGCUUACGUGGCUGUGUGCCAUUGAUGGCAAGGCUUUUUGAGUAUGUGGGUCUGGCAUUUCUUCCGUCAUCUUCGUCGGCCACGACAUCGUCAGGCCACGGUUCGGCCCGUAACGAGAGUGAGGUGGUCCAGGUGAAAUCUGACUUCCAGAAAGUGCUCUGUGACGCUCUUUGGAUUGUGCUUGUGUUUGCCAAUUCUACGAAUGUGUUGCUUGAUGAGAAAUGUUACGAGAACUUGUGGAAGUUGACCACUACAUUGCUUAUAUGUGACGAUACUAAGACAUCACGCCUGGCACUGAGACUCAGAACUGCCGUGGUUUCAAGUUUGAGCACGCUUCCGUUUCUUCUUAAAGGGGCUCCAAAGGAGUUGACUGAGAAAUACGCUUCGUCUUUGCUUAGGCUCUGCUUGCUUCGUCUCCAUAAGGAAUUCGCCCAGUUACAUAACCACUAUGUGGAUGGCUUGCCCACACAAGGACACUUUUUGGAGAAGGUUUCUCCGAAUAUUAUCGCUGACAAGCGGCUUCUACGUGACUUCUUUGAGAUUGACUUUAUCACGUCUUUGGUUGUCGCAGCUGCUCAGUUGCUUAACCACACUAAGGAGAGGAAUAAGGCACUUCCACUUCAGCUGAGCAUUUUCACAUCCAAGGAAGUGUUCCUUUGCAUGGUUCUUUUGCUUAAAUGUGAAGAAUGUCAUUUGCUUAACAUCGCUACCCUCAACUUGAUACAUUUCUACCUCAAUGCUCUUGAGGACCUGGGCACGGCUUCUGAAGAGAUCAUCUUUAAGACAUACGAGAAGCUAUUUCCCCGGAUUAUCGAGCUCUUGGACACAGACCUUUCCCAGAAACAUUCUAUUCCUCCAUUCCUUCAGCUUCCCGUAUCAGUCCUCUCAGGUCUUUGCCUCAAGUACCCAAGAAUGUCCUUGCAUUUGCACAAUACCAAUGUUGACAUGAAGAUUAUGAAGGAUCUUCAGGCUCUUAUCAAGAAGACACCCGUUUUCAGCAGCAUCUUUAAACUCAAGGUGGCAUCGAAGCAAGGAACGAAACUCGCUGAUUUCACCACUCUUACGAAACAUCGUAUUGGUGGAGCUGAUUCGAGGGGAGAAUUGGGUGCUCAUGCAACAUCUUUGGAGCAGGUUUCUGAUUAUUUACAGCUUUUAAGCGUCUACACAAGUUCUAAUGAAGAUUACCGUCGUCGUGUGACUAAGUUUCUGGAGCUGAAGGCAUCAAAAGCACUGGGUCCAAAUUUCUUAUGCCUUUCUGUCUUUGAAUUCAUGGAUGACUACAGGUUCUUGAUCCAGCAAGCUCUUUUAUCAUACGAAGUUUUGGGUAAGCUCCUACAGGAGUCCUCUAAGCAAGACCAGACGAAAAUCCUCGCCUGGUUUGGUAAGAAUCUUGGUGUUAUCUACACCUUGAUAGAGCAUCCAAUAUUCACUCAAACAAUCUACUUGGUUAGGUCUCUUUCGAGAUCCAUUGGUACUUUAAGAACCUUCUUUGUGGACUGCAACUCGAUCAAAAGGAAUAAUACGAACGAAGACAUCAUUGAUAUCAUCAAGGUCAGAUAUAACAGAGAAGCUUCGUUCAAGAGACGAGGUAGUUUUGUGUCUAGUCUUUUGGAGAUUUUGGGCCUGCUUGAUAACGUCAAAUAUGCAAUGCAGUAUUUUACCAAAGCUAACCCAGAAUUGAGUCUUCAGUUUGCACCUCCAAGAAAGACUCUCUGUGUGAAAAAGGUGAUCCUCCUCGCUUCAAUUGCCAAUUUCAUUCUUGACUUCAGUUCCUUCCGUUAUGAGAUUGUUAACCACGACUCAUUUUUGGUGGACCUCGCCAGGGUGUUCCAGACUUCAGCUUCUGAAGAAGAGAUUAAGUAUUCAGAAGAUGAGGAGCGUGAAAUUGCAUAUGAACAUCUUCGUGAGCAGCUCACAGUACUUCAAGUCGUGAAGAGUUACCUUUACAAUGAGAACGAAGAGAACAGAAAGGUAUUAUGGGACUUCAUUCCGUUAUCGUUGAUCUUUGAGAAGUCUUUAUAUGGCCUUGUUGGUCCCAUAGAAGAGGAUGCGGAGCUUCAUGCUUUGUUUGUUCAGCACAAGAUACUUGCUUUUGAGAUCAUGAGAAACCUUACCGCUGCUUCUUCGUUCUUCAGCGAAGCCAUCAGGGAAUCAUACCUUGAGUACGUGAAAGAGGAGGCACAGCAUGGCCAUACUUCGGCUCCUUCUACGUGGCAUGAAUACUUGUUACAGAACCUUUUGAGUUACAACUUAUUCGCUGAUGAUGGCAAGGUGCACAAGGAAGAGGAGUUCCUUCAGUCAGAUGAAUUCUUCUUUACAUUGAUCAAGAACUCCGAGUAUGUCAGACUUCUUGUGGGUAUCAACUACUUAGAAGAUCAUCGCUACACGAACAUUUCAGUCUUCAAGAAGCUGGACUUCCCUCUGAAGGCCAUGAUCGAAAUCUGGAAGCGUAUCCUUGAUGCCAAGUUGCUGGACAAGCUAGAACAAAAGCUCUGCGGUCAUAAUCUCAACGAGAGAGUGAAGUUGGCUAACCAGCUUAUUGAACUUAAGUUUUCCAUCAACUGGAUUCUCAUCAAUUUGACUUGGCAAGACGACGCUUUUGGCUACCAAGUUCCAGAUAAAGUCAGCUUUGGUCUUCUUGAUACCGUGGGUCACCGUACUCACAGCGAUCCACAUAGCGAGGAUAGGCAAUUGUUCAAUUCUUCAAAUAUCGUGAUUGAAGAGAGCGAGGACGAAGAAGGUGGUGAGGAACGUCAUACACCAGCGCAACCAGAAGAUGAAGAUGGAGAAAUGAGCGCCGAGGAUAAGGCAAAGCUCUUGCACCGGUACCAAUUCAGCCAGAUUUUGCAAAGGAUUAUUAUUGACAUGUCGAAACCCAAGUUCAAGAGCCGGGGCAAUUCAAAAGUUAGCAGUAUCGAGAGGUUCGAUCUUUUGAACGCCAACAACUUAUACGAGAAGUCAAAGACGGCGCUUUCCCAGAUUACUGGGUUAGUUUCUGGCCAUGCCACAAAUCACGAAAGUGGACCACCAGGAGCAGGCCAAGCACGCACCGAAGAACGCCAUCCGUUGAGAAGAAUGAGUAACAUCAUCAGCAGCAGAGACGGUACGAGAAUCAGAAGAGACGUGAACCGAGGCGGCGAAGGGUUUGGCUACGAUUCAGCAGAUGAUGUUGACGAAUCUGGCGGUACAGAAAGACAAGGCGAUGAAGAGGAAGAGGAAGACGAGGACGACGCUUCAGACACCAAUGCAGAGCAGUCAGAUAUGGACGAUGUGGUUGACAUUGACGAUUACUGGGUGAGGUAG